GUCUCACGCAGACGGCGUUCCCUUCCCCACCGCUCUUUGAUCGCUCUUUUCUCGCAUUCGUCGAAUUGUGUGAAUUAGAUCGAAUCGGAUCUAAACCCCAUCUCUCUCACCCUCUCAGCCUCUCCAUUCUGUUCGUUAAAUGUCCCGAUCAGAUGUCACUGUGGAGUCGUGAGGGGCAUCAAUCCAACGGCAUCGCAUCCCUCCAUCCAACAAGCUUGCGCCUCAAUCCCGUCUCCUCACAAGGGGAAUCCUGCACCUCUAAACUUCCAACUCCAAACACCAUCUCUUCUCAGCCAACAAUCGCGCCGUGCGAGCUGCGUUCUUAUCCAUCUUUCCCUAUAAUAAUGUGAACGGCGCAUCAGACACACGCUUCCAGAAUUUUGUGCGUUUUAUUCUUCGAUUCUAUGGCCUGCCCUUGCCACUGGAUUGCUUCCCACCUCCACUAGAUCGGUCUCCAUCAUGGAGACCACUCAGAGACGAGAUGUGAAUGAGCUUCUGGUCAAUGGAUACUUCAAGACAGCCAGAGGAAGGAGUCCCUCGUGCUCUACCCCCCAGUCGGCCUCUACCAGCUCGCCGUCCUUACUGAGACCUACUGAAUAUGCCAUCCCUCCUCGAGUCCGGAGCCCGAGUCGAGGACCUCGUGGACGACCACCGCCACGACCAACAGUCGAAGACGAGGCUGUCUCGCUGGCGAGAGAGUCGGGUCGCCCCGCCGUUACAUCCAACGAUCCUCCGCUGCGGGGCACCAUCGACCAGCACCCGAUCAUUCUCGAGGCGGACGUCACAUCAGCGGAGGCCACAAGAUUACACGCAUCGCCUCCAUGUGCAAAGGAGGACGACAACCCGGAACGGCGCUUCGUGCUGCUUCCAAAAACCGACAACACGUCGGAUCGUAAGGAUGCGAACGUUCCAAAGGGCGCGAGCCGACCGACAAAACAACCAGAGCCAUUGAAGGAGAGCCUCCAUCGGCGACGUAGCAGACAAGAUCUGCCGGCUCUGCAGACGAAAGUCCCGCGGGAUAUACCACCGCAGUUCCGGAGAAGCUCAUCAGCUCAAUCGGUUGGUUCUGGAGACCGCGACCUGACACCAAAAGCAACCUCGUACUCUCGAACACACGGCGAGUUGCUUUCACCAGAUGUGCAGAGGUUUCCGAAGGAUUCUUUCCCGGCUUCUAGUCCACGACAGCAUGUGGAAAGUUUUGGAGGCAGAUCAGCCACUCCGUCCAGCGCCAAACGAGCCAGCGGGACCCCUCUGCAAGAGAAACGCAGUAGUAGCAGUUAUGAAACCGGCAGCAGAUUGAGGCGGGAUUCCAACGAUAAGUUAACAAGAUUGCAGCAAUUAUCGGAGGAGGACUAUGGUCGUCGCAGAGACAGGCGUUCAUCUCCACAUUCGAGCAAGCUGUCGGUAGAUACAGACCGCCGACGUUCUGGUAGAUCCCUAUCACGCUCCGGCCGACAUUACUAUAGCAGUGACUCGGACACCGGGGAUAGUGAUUCGGAGAGGAGUCGUAGACGUCGUCACCGUCCUCAUCAGCAUCACAGACACCGGGAACUUCAAGCGGAGGAGGAUGACCGAUAUCGAGGAUCCAGGUCCAACAGAUCGUCUGGCGAAUUCAAACCUGCUAGCAGGAAAUACUCUUCUCCGCUGCCUUCUCCUAAAGCAUCUCCAAUCCAGUUGCCUAGGGUCGACCGAGAGAGAGCAGAGACAUUUCCACAAAGGAGUGGUAGUCGAAGCCCUGUCGAUGGACCCGUGUCCCCCUUUUCCUUUGCCCCUGAUACACCACGGUCCUCGGCCGAUCGACUGAACCCAACGGAUUCCCCAAUCGCUCGACCAAGAUCGCGGCAGGCAAAUCCAAUUCCCAUACCCGGCGCAAAGACAUACCCACCACCACCAGAAUCUCUUCCAGUGGCUACACCACCGAGAACUGACCCUUAUACCCCAAUCGAAAAUCGCCGAACAGUGCCACUUACUCAAUAUGAUGAUACGAGAAACACAAGCGCAAGACCAGCACCUCCAUCUCCAUAUUGGCAACCUCCUCCCUUUCAACCGCCUCCGUCAAAGACGGACAAUCCAGUUGGUUCAUAUCGUCGAUUAUCGGAGGACCUUGAGAGUGGCAGCAUCGCGCCACUUCCUACCUGUCCCCGGACUACAUUUACUCGUGGACGUAAUGACUGGCUGACAUUACCUCAAUGCCCAUCCUUUGAUAUCUGCCCUUCUUGCUUUGACUCGACAAUAGCGCCCACGGAAUUCCGCCGCUUCUUUAUCCAAGCCCCGCCUCGACCACCAGAAGCAGAAGUCAUAUGUGAUUUUGGUAGCUCACCAUGGUAUCGAAUUGCCUGGCUCUUAACGCGUAAGGAGCGUAGGCGAGACCUGAAUCUCUUCUAUGGGCUAGCAAAUGUCGCCGCGACUGCUCCCCAAUGUCUUGGAAAGCAUGAAGCAGUGCGGCAAUGGCAUUUCCUCGUGGAUCCGAAGACCAGGACCCCGAUUCAUAAUUUCAACGUCUGCUCCAGUUGCGUCAAGAGUAUAGAGAUCCUAUUGCCGCCUAUCAGGGGAAUCUUCAUGAGGGAUCCAAACAGACCAAUGGGCCCCGCACGCGUCUGCGAUCUCCGGUUUGACAGCAAGCGCUUCAUCCAAUACUUCGACACGCUCGAGCUCACAGCCGACCGAGCAGACGAGCAAGACGCCCCUCCCGACACGCGCGCCCUCGUGAGCCUCGCAAAGCGAAUGGCCCUAGUCCCCGAAUGCCAGCGCGACCGCGACCUGACCGACCGACCGUGGAACAUCAUGACCCAACUCCCCGAGUUCACCGUCUGCGAAGAAUGCUUCGACGACGUGGUCUGGCCCGAACUCGAAGACGAAAAGGCCAUUCCCAUGAUGUUCAACAAAGCGCUCCAGCGUCUCCCUAAAGCCUCCUGCCAGCUCUACUCACCGCGCAUGCGUGCCCUCUUCCGCGCCGCCGUCGACGCAGACGACUUUAAACUACUGGCUGCGAAAGCGAGAGAGCGCAAAACUGUCGAGAUGGCAUAUAAAGCGAAUAUGGAGAAUCUGAAGAGGCAGGCUAGUCUCGGCAUGCUUGAUCCGCAGCUGGCGAAUAUGGAAAUGCGGCGCGUGGAGGAGGAAUGGCGGAAAUGGGAAUGAAAAAUGAAUGAAUGGGCUUAGAGGCUCGUUGUGU